GGAGGGAAAAAAACGGGGAAAUCUCUGCAAACCCUGGAGUCUCAUUCAUUCAGCACCACUCGCUACUGGACAGCGUCUGAGCGGCGGAGUUCGGGUCGAGAAAACGGGAGAUUUGUUGCAAACAUCGGGUCCGGGAAUAAAAAAACACCGCAUCUGUACGGGGCGCUUUAUUUCCCCUCCCCAAAGCUUUAAAAAAAAAUCCAUGCAGGCAUUUUGACUUCCCACACCUGUCUACUCCCUUUUUUCCAUUUGAUUUUUUGAAUUUGAUCUGUGUGGCGGGUUUUGGGGCGAGCUGCGUCCAAACAGCAGCCGAGUCCAGAGCUGAGACUGGAGGAGCUGGCGCUGCCAAACAAAGACGCAGGAAGAAAAAAGAAGGGAAAAAACCAAACUGGACGGCAUCAGGACGGGGGGAAGGGGGGGAUCGCAGAAGUUUCAUUUUCGUCACUUUAGACUCACUUGCAUCGGGAGGAUUUAAAGGAGCCCGCUGUGGAGCCCGCUGGCUCGUCUCUUGACAUUCUGCCUGCUUGAAGGAAAACUAAAAGCACCUGAGUGGUUCAGGAGGAGAGAAGAGAGGAAAACUUCCCGUCUUUGUUCUCGCCUUAUGAGAACGCUCUCUGUGGACUCUGUCUCAGCUCACCCUGCACUGUUUAGUUACUGCAUGUAGCCACCACUUGCAGGUGCAGGAGGAAGACUGACACACAAAGAGGAAAGAAGAAAGGGUGAGAGAUAAAGAGAGCGAGGCUGCAUAAUUAGUAUUACCGAGUUUGUGUCAGAGCUAGAAACCAUGAGAAGAGACUUCUGAAGACAACUGUGCUCUGAAAAAUAUUGCAGCUAACCUUCAGGACAUUUGUAUGUGUGUGUGGUUAUAUGUGUGCACACCUCUUUCAUUUUCAAAGGACUUAAAUUUGUAUUUGGAUGCAGAUUUAGCCUUUCAUUAUGACUCUGCGAGGAGGCUUUGAGAGAGUGUGGAUUGGCUGCCACAGAGGCGUCUGCUGCUGGGUGUUGCUGCAGGCUUGUUAUUUCUUGAUCGUCUUGGCAGCCAAACCCAAAAUGCCAGGCCACACGCACCUCAACUCAAUACGCAUUGAUGGGGACAUAUCUUUGGGUGGGCUGUUCCCAGUACACGCGAGAGGGAAUGAUGGCAAAGCCUGCGGGGAGCUGAAGAAGGAGAAAGGGAUCCAUAGGCUGGAGGCCAUGUUAUUUGCCCUGGAUCGUAUCAAUAAUGACAAUGAGCUGCUGCCUAAUAUCACUCUAGGGGCACGCAUCCUGGACACCUGCUCCCGGGACACCCAUGCUCUGGAGCAGUCGCUGACAUUUGUUCAGGCACUGAUUGAGAAAGACUCAACUGAUGUCAAGUGUCUCAGCGGAGGGCCGCCCAUCAUCACUAAGCCUGAGAGAGUGGUGGGAGUGAUUGGUGCGUCUGCCAGCUCCGUGUCAAUCAUGGUAGCCAACAUUUUGCGUCUCUUCAAGAUCCCUCAAGUGAGCUACGCCUCCACGGCCCCAGAGCUGAGUGAUAACACCCGCUACGACUUCUUCUCCCGGGUGGUGCCCCCAGACACCUACCAGGCCCAGGCCAUGGUUGAUAUAGUCAAAGCCAUGCGCUGGAACUACGUCUCCACCGUGGCUUCAGAGGGAAACUAUGGAGAAAGCGGCGUUGAUGCGUUUAUUCAAAAGUCUCGAGAGGAUGGCGGCCUGUGCAUUUCACAGUCGGUGAAAAUACCACGAGAACCGAGAACUGGAGAGUUUGACAAGAUCAUUCGCAGGCUGAGUGAGAACCCUAAUGCCCGAGUAGUCAUUAUCUUUGCCAAUGAGGAUGACAUCAGGCGACUCCUUCAAGCAGCUAAGAAGGCCAAUCAAACAGGUCAUUUCAUCUGGGUGGGUUCAGACAGUUGGGGCUCCAAAAUUGCCCCAAUUCUGAACCAGGAAGAAAUGGCAGAAGGCGCUGUCACCAUCCUGCCCAAACGACAGUCCAUCAAAGGUUUCGAUCGCUACUUCAUCAGCCGAACAUUAGAGAACAACAGAAGGAAUAUCUGGUUUGCAGAGUUCUGGGAGAACAACUUCCAGUGCAAGCUAAGUCGGCACGCUGUGAAGAAAGGGUCUGGCCUCAAAAAAUGCACAAAUCACGAGCGGAUCGGGAAGGAUUCAUCCUACGAACAGGAGGGGAAGGUGCAGUUUGUGAUUGACGCAGUAUACGCCAUGGCUCAUGCUCUACACAACAUGCACAAAGAUCUCUGUCCUGGAAAGGUUGGCCUCUGCUCCAAGAUGGAUACCAUCAAUGGCACACUGCUGCUCAAGUACAUCCGCAAUGUCAACUUCACAGGAAUUGCUGGCACACCGGUGGUCUUCAACGUGAACGGAGAUGCUCCUGGUCGCUACGAAAUCUACCAAUACCAGAUCACAAAUAGCACCACUGAGUACAAGAUCAUCGGCCACUGGACAGAUCAGCUCCACUUAGACAUCAAUCAGAUGCAGUGGCCUGGUGGAACACAAGAAGUCCCUUCCUCUAUUUGCAGCCAACCCUGCCGUCCUGGCCAGCGCAAGAAGACCGUGAAGGGAAUUCCAUGUUGCUGGCACUGCGAGAACUGUGAUGGUUACCAGUAUCAAGCAGACACGUACACCUGCAAGAUGUGCCGCUUCGAUUUGCGGCCCAAUGAGAACCACACUGGCUGCGUUCCCAUUCCCAUUGUCAAGCUGGAGUGGAGCUCCCCAUGGGCAGUCAUCCCUGUUCUCAUUGCUGUCUUGGGCAUCAUGGCCACCCUGUUUGUGGUCGUCACCUUCGUGCGCUACAACGACACACCCAUUGUUAAGGCGUCGGGUCGAGAACUGAGUUACGUGUUGCUGACUGGUAUCUUUCUGUGCUAUGCUACAACAUUCCUCAUGAUCUCCACUCCUGAUGUGGUUAUAUGCUCACUGCGAAGGAUUUUCCUGGGCCUGGGUAUGAGCAUAAGCUAUGCAGCACUGCUUACCAAGACAAAUCGCAUCUACAGGAUUUUUGAGCAGGGCAAGAUGUCAGUCAGUGCCCCUCGAUUCAUCUCCCCGGCGUCCCAGUUAGUCAUCACGUUCAGCCUGAUAUCAGUGCAGCUCCUUGGCGUGUGCAUCUGGUUUGGCGUUGACCCGUCACAAGCCAUCAUCGACUACGAGGACCAGCGUACAGCCAAUCCUGAUAUGGCCCGCGGCGUUCUGAAAUGUGAUAUAUCAGACCUGUCCCUCAUCUGUCUGCUGGGCUAUAGCAUGCUGCUGAUGGUCACCUGUACAGUUUACGCCAUCAAGACCAGAGGGGUUCCUGAGACAUUCAAUGAGGCCAAGCCCAUCGGCUUCACCAUGUACACCACCUGCAUUGUAUGGCUUGCCUUCAUCCCCAUCUUCUUUGGGACCUCACAAUCAGCAGAAAAGAUGUAUAUCCAGACCACAACGCUGACCAUCUCUGUAAGCCUCAGUGCGUCGGUCUCUCUGGGAAUGCUCUACAUGCCCAAGGUCUACGUGGUUCUCUUCCAUCCAGAGCAGAACGUACCCAAGCGCAAGCGCAGCCUGAAGGCUGUGGUCACUGCAGCUACCAUGUCCAACAAGUUCAACCCCAAAGGCGGCCUGAGGCCUAAUGGAGAGGCCAAGUCUGAACUCUGUGAAAGUCUUGAAACACAAGUGCUGGCCUCCAAGCAGACAUACAUAAGCUACAGUAACCAUGCCAUCUAAGACAGAGACGAACCGUGGAUGCGGAGCAAGGGCCUGCCUGAAGAGAAAUCACCAGAUUCUGAGGAAUAAAGGGGAAACACUGGAGGGCUUCAAAGCUGCUACAGCCGAGAGGACUGGGGUGGAAAGAUGGGAAUUUGUCACUCCGUAAAUAGAAAGGAUGUCAUAUUUUUCUAGAGAACCAGGUAAAGGCUUAAAUGCCAAAUUUAUGAAAAAUUAGUAGAUUUGCAGGAGGGAGUUGGGAGAUGUCAGGGAGACUGGACAGUUAAUUUUCCUCUUCCCACCCUUUCUGAAACAUGAGUGAGCGUUGAGCAGUGACGUUUCCAGAUGCAGGCAGAGUGAACCAUCUGGAGCCAACAGUAUGUUUUCCUUCUGAAGUGUAUAGCACACAAUUUCAGUUCUCUCUGAGGUUGAUCCGUUUGUCAUUUCAACAAAAACAGGGAAAAAAGGUGUUCUGUUUUUGCUAUAGUCAAAUGCAGUUGACAAGAUGAAACUGUAUAAAAAUAUAGUCAUUAUUUUUGGUUACUGGUAUUAUUGGAGUUGAAAGCUGCAGUACUCUUCAAACUGUACAUGCCUUACUACAGUACAUUCAGUAUUCCUACAUGAACUAACCAUAUCUGAAACACCAGAAAAUAAAGCAGUGGGUCAUCCCAGUUUUUUUUGUGUGUGUUUUUUUUUUUAUAAAUGUUUCAUAAUAAUGAUGAUGAUGAUGACGCCAUCAUCUUGGCAAACCUAGUGUACAGUCCCAGAGCAUGCUUGUGGGAGCAUCACAUGUACUGUGCUGUGUUGUCGACGUCUAUGGAAUGCAACAUUUGUCAUGGUUGUCAUUCACAGUGGAGAUGUCAUUUUGGACCAUUACCCACUGGGUUACCCUCUGCUGAAUUAAGACUAAUUUCAAACAGAAAAGGAGCCAAACCUCUACAGUUUACACCACACUCCAUAAAUGUCAGCCAGGACUUGGAGACUUGACGAUGCAUAUACUUUAAACAUCCCAGAUUUAUUGGCCCUUAUUUAUCAUGCGCUUGUUGAAGCCUACUCAAAAUCAAGCAGUUGGAUGAUUGUAAAAAGCUGAAGUUGCUGCACUUGUUUAACAUCGCAGGUGCAGUUCUUGAUGAUAAUGCAAUUAUCCAAGGUUAUUUGAUUAUUAUCCUGUGUUUUCUGUCUUUGUGUGUGUCUGUGGUUAGAGAUAUAGAAUUCUGUCCCAGGAAUACCUACUUAAUUUAUUAAUUGCAGUGGGGUUAGAAUAAUUCAGUUGAGACAGUAUAUUCUGUCAGUAAGUGUAGUCCUUGAUGAGAUGCUUGAUAUUUGAAGGAAUAACGACACACUGGUCUGCUUGUCAUACCAGAUACAUACAUUUUUACAGCUUCAUGGUAAAAAUAUGAUCGAUUACAAGGGACAGUAUCACAUCGGGACCCCCGUUAUUUGUGGUAGGUGCACAGAUUACCUGUGUGUCUUGCAAAAGAUUUUUUUCUCCUUCUGUGUCAUGAGUUUUGCAGCUGCAGUAGAAAUGAUUAAUGAGAGUUUUAAUAGUAUUUUGGGUGCAAAAUUAGGCUCAUGUAGCUACUCAGCAUGAAGACCCAUUUGGAGACGUUGCAAGCACAGUUCCAUCAAAGAGCCAAAAUGUUCAAAGAUAAUUAGGUUGAACGGCAUAUUGUACGCAGUAUUUCCUUAGGACUUUUUUUAACAGGCUCAGUAUAACCCGUGUCCCUGUGUUAUGUUACAUUCAAGUAUUCUCCACAAUGCUUGAGAAUAGGAUUUUUGUAACUGUUGGAUUUUCACAUGCUCAAAAUAGCCACUUCAUUAAGACUUUGUUACAGUAAACCUGCAUUAAGUAACAGUCCAUCAUAAUGUGGUGCCCACUGAAAAUUAACACUAAAGUCCGCACAUAGAGGCAGCUUUGUUUUACCUUGUUCAUAGUAAUUUGCUAUUUGCCUAACAAUCUUCCCAUGGUCAACACAUGCCAGUGGUGGAUGUUAGUAACGGUGGUGGUGGAUGGGAGUCUGAAGGUUUAUGCUUGUUUAAUGGGUGUUUAAUAGAUUUCCCUUAUUGGCUUUUUACCCGCUAAGGUUUUAUUGCAAGUACUAUAACAAGCAUCGUUGUCAUCAAUUCACCUGGAGUCAUGUUCUCCUCCACAGCCUCUCUGCUCUGCUCUCCACACUAUGUGCUGAGCUGAGCCCUCCUUCAAACACCAUCAUGGAGAGCAGAGCAGAGAAAGACAGGGGGAGACUCUGCAUGCACCGUAAACACCAAAAACCAUAUCUUCCAAUCUGCUGAUCUCUCUCACUCUCUCUUCAAGUACCAAUAAAAUGCUCCCAGUCCAUACAAACUGUGAACCAGAUAUUUUAACAGAUAACAGAUAUUUUCUCACAGGAGUUGGUGGGAAGCAAAACAGAGUUCAGGGGUCAGAGUUUAAGCCAAUUUUCAAUACUGACAACCUUUCCUUUUUAGAUUAUAUAGGAGGAUGUAUAGCAGCUUGAUAAAUAAGGGCCAGUGCCUUCAUUCUGUGCCUCAUACCCAUUAAACCACCUCUGCUAUUCUUUCCAUGGAUCCUUCAUGGUGUUUUUUUUGUGUUGCAUCCAUUACGUUUCAAGUGUGUCCUGUUCAAAUAUAAGGAACAAAGGACUCAAUGUACAAUUUGCAAUUGUGUGUGCAACCUUCAUAUCUGUCUCCAGUCUCUUAAGUAUUUGUCAGAAACAGUAACUCUGGAAUUUGUCUCAUUAAAUGUUAUCCUCAGCAAUGCAAAAAUCUGUAUGUUGCAUGUCAAAACCCAUAAGUCAUGUGAACACUUUAAAGAGAAAGGUGUAAUGUCCAGAAGGAAAACUACUGCAGAGGAUUAUAAAUAACUAUUUUUGGUUCAAUCAAUGAUUCUCUCAGCUCUCAGCUUCAACAAAAGUCUAAGGUGUUGCUGCAAAUGUUGUUUUCUCAUCAUUUGAUAAAGUAUUGUUUGUGGGAUUGUUUGUGUUUGUGACUAUGAUAAUUUACUGCUUUUUUGCCACAACCCCCCCUUUUUAUUUUUCUAAAACACUUUGUCUGUGUUACAAAAUAGAAUAUGUAAGUGCUGACUGAAAUUAAAUGGCAAGUUAAUGUACGUUAUUAAAAUGGAUUGAUCAUGUCUGCUUUAUGUACUGAAUUAUUUAAAAAAAGAAAGUUAAAAAAGAAUUACAGUGCCUGGAUAUUUAUGAAUUAUCUAUAGAAAAAAAAAUGUGUAGAGCAUGUUCAUUUUUAUACAAGAUAUUUCUAAUAAAAGACUGUUUUGCUAA